AUUCAUUAAGAUAUAGUUACGAUGAUUGAAAAGGAAGAUAUUGUCAUACAACAUCUCUUGCCGGUUCCACAUACAAUUGUAACAUCUGGUACGGCCCGCUCAAUUCACCUUCAGGAUUGGAGUGUAGUGAGUACGAAAGAUUCCAUAUUGACAUCUCAAGAAAUUCACCAAUAUUCCUUUCGUUUGUCUAUUCCUAUUCCUGAAAUGACAUUUGGUAAAAAUAGUGUGGAGAUAAAACAUAGUUCAGGUUGGAAGAUGAUAUUUACAGCCUAUGAUGCAUUGGAAGGAGUAGAUAAGACAGGAAAAGAGGUAAUUCAAGUAUCAUAUGCAAAAGAAUGGGUAAAAAAUAGAGAUAAGAGUUGUGAAAGUAUCGAACCUAGUAAGUCUUAUGAUUGGACAUUUACGACAGCGUAUCGGGGUACUAUAUGUUAUGAGAAUGGUAAUGAUAUAGCUGAUAAUGAAAUAAUGUUAAUUCGGGCAGUAAAAAAUAAGACAUUAGCUACAAAAGCAGAAAAAGAUCAGGAUAAGAAUAUAGAUGACGUAGAUAAAGUUGUAGUGCCUGUGUUUGUGCUAUCCGAUGAAGUAAUUCCUCUUGAUAAAUUAAAACGACAGGAUCCUAUUUUAUUUUUUGAAGAAGUUGUUCUUUAUGAAGAUGAAUUGUCUGAUAAUGGGAUGUCUUUGCUUAGUAUUAAAGUGCGUGUUAUGCCGGAGCGUCUUUUAUUACUACAGCGUUUUUUUAUGAGAUUAGAUAAUGUUAUGUUUCGAAUUCGUGAUACUCGUGUAUAUAUUGAAUUUUCUACAGGAAAAGUGCUUCGGGAAUACAUUGAAAAGGAAGCUCCAUACCAUGAAGUUUUAGAGAAGAUUUCGUCACAGCAGAACGACUUUGGUAUUUUUUUAACUGAUCCGGCGUGGGUAGCUUCAGUGUUACCAACGUGUGAAAAAACUUUGGAAGCUUUGAAAAUUGGUUAG